AUAAUCGCGCUUUGUGCGGCCAACAUGUCGGCGCCCAUGGAGGUUGUGUUAUCAGCCGAUUCGGCUGGUCAGCUGUGGAACUGCGCGGUUUUCGACCCUCACACUGGAACGAAUCUCUUGUCCUACCGAGGGGGAAACUCGUCUGCCCGCUCGUUAACCGUCCUGAACGGAGAAUACAUCCUGGGAGCUCAGCUGGGGAAGAACUUCAUCAACGUGUGGGAGAUACAAAGAAAGGACCAGCUGCAGCAGAAAAUUGUGUGUCCUGGGAUUGUAACCUGCCUAACGGCGUCUCCCAACGGCCUCUAUGUGCUGGCAGGCAUUGCUGAAGCUGUAUACCUGUGGGAGGUCUCAACAGGAAACCUGCUGGUUAUUUUGAAUCGACACUAUCAAGACCUGAGCUGUCUGCGUUUCACGGAUGACAGCAGCCAUUUUGUGUCUGGAGGAAAGGACAAUCUAGCACUUGUGUGGAAUCUUGCCAGUGUUGUGCAGCUGGAUUCGUCUCGCACCCCUGAGCCUCGACAUGUGUUAUCCCGCCACACUCUCCCCAUCACGGACAUCCACUGCGGUCUGAUGGGACCUCAGGCCAGAGUAGCUACUGCAUCUUUAGAUCAAACUGUUAAGCUGUGGGAAAUUUCCUCUGGAGAGAUGCUUCUGUCGGUCCUUUUCGAUGUCAGCAUCAUGUCAGUGACUCUUGACCCCUGCGAGUACUUUGCGUUCUGCGGAGGAAGUGAUGGAAGUAUCUUUCAGGUGUCCCUCUGCAGCACGACUUUAAGCCGGGAUAAGACUUUCCAGUCAGACAGUGAAGGCAAUCAGGUGUUCAAAGGCCACAGGAACAUGGUGACGUGUCUCUCCGUCUCCAUGGACGGCACACUGUUGCUGUCAGGUUCCCACGAUGAAACGGUCAGGAUGUGGGACAUCCAGAGCAAGCAGUGUAUCCGCUGCAUCAACCACAAAGGUCAGGUCACCAACGCUGUCAUCAUUCCAGCUCCUGGCAACAUGUUCCUCCCGGACAGCCGGCCUGCUGUGCCGCUGCCACGCUUCAGCCGCCACCUCAACCCUUCUGAGCAGGGCGAGGGAACCGGAACAGGAGGAGCGUGUCUGAGACUGGGCAACAACUGCCAGGACCCAGAGGAGACCUAUCUGGAGAAGGCAGACCGUCUCCAUUCUCUUAUGUGUGCUGUCACAGACAAGAGUGUGUUCGGUGAUGGAGAGAAUACGAAGGUUCGCGUAUCUGAGUUGGAAGAAGAAGUGAGGACCCUGAAGAAAAUCAACAAAGACCUGUACGAGUUCUCCACGCAGCUCCUUACCAAGCCUAAUUAGGAGCUUCAUGAGAUGCCUUUGUUUUAGCAGAGAUGAGCUGUACCAUGUCUGAAGGUGGACAUCUAUGAUAAAUAAGGGGACUUCAGUGAAUUAUUAAUUCAAAAACAGUAUGAAAGUCACUAGUUUCACAAUAUUUUGUGGUUUUUGAGACGGGACUCUUUUUUUAAAAUGCUCAGAGUAGUCACUUACUUUGAGUCUAACAGAUUUUGUAUAAUGGACAAUUGCAUUUGUGUACUGUUACUGUAUUAAUAGAGAAUAGGCUGUACUUAAAGCAUCUGACCUCCAUCCAACCUCCUUUUUACAUAAGCUGGACACUCUUUCAUCUGUGUUGUGUUCAAGAUAUGAAGCUAAUAUCAGCUAACAGAUACGGUCGUAUGCAGAAGUUUGGGCUCCCUUGGUCAAAUGACAUGUUCUGUUGGUUUUCUAAGUAAAAAAAAAAAAAGAACACAUCCUCUAUAGAUCACAGUUCUACACGUUUUUAUGCAGUUACUGUUUAUUUGCUAAAUUAAACUUAUUGGAGAAAAUAAAAUGUAAAAUGUGGCUUGUGCAAAGAAAAAAUUUUUUCACUUAGAAAAUCAAUGAAACGUACUUUGACUGGAGGUAUUCUGCAUAUGUCAGUAUAUCUCAGAUAUUUGUAUUGUCAGUGUUGAAAAUAGAAUGUGCAGUCUGUGUUUCUGAAGUCAGGAUUUAUUGUUAAACUCCUGGAUUCAGGCCAGGUGUAAUACUGUACUUUGGAACUGAUCGUGUAAAAACUCUCCUCAAAAAGUUACACAUAUUAAUUAAUAAGGCAAGAAAUAAUCACUUUGGCUGUUUGACUGUUCCCAUGUUUUUUUUCAAAUCUGACUCCUAUCUUCAUGCAUUUCACCUGUUUGCAUCAUCUUAAUCUACAGGUUGUGCUUUGAGACCUUCCCCUUUGUCCACUGUGCUCUUACUGUCUCUGUUCUCCUUUUGAGACUAUAGGCUAUUCAGUUAAAUCACAGCAAGAAAGUAGAAUAGCAUGUUUUUUUUUCCCUCUUUCGUCUUAAUGUUUUUAUGUCGGCCUUCAGCCAAACAGUGUGAGUGGGAAUGUCUUCCCUCUCUUUGAUCUGAACCUUCACUGCCUCUGAGUUUACUCGGGUUAUGCGCUGGGCCUAAUGCUCCGUAAACAUCAUCUUGUGCAUCUUAGCUUAUUUGCCCAAAAACAGAUAUUCCUCGGUGAGAGUUGUCAAGUCAUCCUUCCUCUUUUGCUUGCUGUUAAGCCGCCCUCUCUGUGACCUGCACAAACAUUUUUCUGUAGUUUGCUAGUUUCUCCUGAAGCAACAUAUCUCAAACAACCUCAUUUGGAAAAAAAAAAAACAAUUUUUUUCCGCUUCCAAAAGAAAAAAAUCAUCAACAUUCUGCAGGCACACUAUUCCAAACCGAGGCAGGGCUUGAUUUUUAUCUGGUUAACUCAUUUAGGUUCCGUGAUGGAGAUCUGAAAUGUCUUGAGUCUCGUCGUCUUAAGCAGAGAGGGAAGAGGGCUGAUAACAACCGGCGCCUCCUCUCAACGCUUCCCCUUUGAAGAAUGUUCUGUUUCAGCCGUUCCUGUUGGCGAGACAGGGAAGCGGUUUUACGUGCGCACACAUUGUGCUCAAGAUCAUUCUCUCACCUCUGUGGGGUUAGGCUGUGGAUGUUUGCUGAGGAUUAACUAGCAGUGUGUGUAACAGGAGGAGCUGUAGGCGAGGGAGGGGCUCUGGUGUCAGAUCAUUGUUUGAUCAGCCGGGAAAAGAAUGAACUUUUUUCCUUUGAAUUUUGUGGGUUGUUUUCUUUCAUCAGAUAAUAAAACUUCUGUUUGCAUUUCUUA